GUUUAAAACCACCACUGAGUUCUAUAUCGCCGGAGGGGGGAAAUACAACCUCACUCUCCAGUUGGCGUAUUUGCGUCCCAGGAAUGCCGGUCGGGGAUUCACAAACUCGUUUUGUGGAUAAUCUUGGUUUAGACUUGAAUCCAUAUAAUAUUGUCCAAGGCAAAUCAUUCACCCGGUCUGUAUCAAUUAGUGAACCGACUUCAACUCCACCAGACUGUUGUAUUACAUCACAUAUUAAUAGUGCUAUUAUCGGUGAUUGUCUACCGUCUAUACGAUCAGCCAGUGGGGAAGGCGGCAGUACAACAUCAGAUAUUUCAUUCUCCCCAUUCUCUUCUGCGGCUACAGCUAUUACGCCUGAAAGUCCCCUACCACCGGAUUCAAAUUGUUUCCAGUCAAAUCCAUUAGCGUCAAUCAUUGGCUAUUCUGACGUUGGUGGUGUUGAUUUUCCUGUUCAACAUUCGACCACUACUACUAGUACUCCUGCGACUAUGAAUAUGUCUACCGAUAAUACUAAUAAUGAUGAUGUCGAUGUUCCAAUAAGCCAGCCUACUGAAAAUUCACCUAAACCAAAUCAUUCAAAUAUUUUCAAUCAAUCAACUGAUCAUAAUCAACAAAAUACCUCCUCCUCAACCUCUUCUCCUUCUCUCUCUUCCUCUUUACGACAAUUUAAUGAUAAUAAUAAUAACCAUGAUAGUAUCUACAAUUAUAAUGUAUUAUUUCAAAAUCCAAUUACUUUGAGAACAAUAAAUUUCCUUUCACAUCUACUUGAUUCACGUCUAUCCCCAGACUGGCGUACACUUUUAGAAUAUUGGCAAAGAAAUACUGUUAAGUUGGAUUUAUCUUCUGGUACAUCCCAGUCAUAUUCUUCUACAACCCCCAAUAUCCCUAAUACUGCUACUACUACUCUUACACCAACAAUUAGUUGUACAGAUAAUACAGAUUUUACUCGGUCAUCAUCAUCUGAUCAGGAAGUAUGCGCAGUGAAACGUUUCAAACCGAAUAGUUCAUCUGAGCCUGAAAAUGAAAUUCAACCUACAAGUAAUGAACCAUCUGCUACUACCAAUACCACCAUACUACCAUUCACUUCUCUUGUAUAUCAUCAUCAAUCUCAUCAGUCAAUUCCGUCAACAUUUAUAUCUGCACGAUUAAUUCUAUGCGCCAGAAAUCUCGCUGAUCAUUUUGAGUCUAGAUAUCGUGAUAAAUUGGGCAGUUUAUUAGAAGAUGUAGCGCGUUUAAAUAGUAAUUCCAAUAGUGAUAAUAUUAAUUAUAACAUAGAUGAUCAAAGUUGUACAGAAGAGACAAACAAAACAACAAUGAUUAGUGUUAAUGAUAAUGUUACUAAUGUGCAUGAUACUAACAUAAGUGUGAAGAGUGAUAGUAGGAUUGGUGAUGGUGACGCCAGUGGUGCUUCUAGUCAUGUGAGCGAUGAUUCACUUCAAACUCGAUUAGAAAUGGCACGAUGUCAAUUUCAUAGUGUUCUAGAAGAAUUAUUUCUUGAACGUAUUAACUGGGGUCGUAUAAUUGCAAUGUUGGCAUUUUUGCGAACAUUAUGUGAAGUUGUUGAAGAUAACAAUAAACGUAUGAAUUAUUCAGUUUCACAUCAGUCACUGCAACAGUAUCAUGGUAUUUCUAAGUCAACUGAUUUGCCCAUUAUUUCUUGUGAACAAGUUGAGCAUAAUGAUGCUGUUACAUCUGAUUGUAAUAAGCAAUUAUCUUCUACUGAUCCAUCUUCUUCAUGCAGUGAUAAAACUACAGAUAAAAAAUUGAAAGAUAAAAAUUCAGAAACUACAAUGGAUCCUCAUCGGUUAAAUGCUAGUGACUUGCGUUUGGUGUCAUUCACAAGACCUUGCGCAGCUGAUUAUACUUUGUGGACAACUGAGUUUAUACAUGGUCCCCGAGGACUUUGGAAUUGGAUAUCGUCUCAUGGAAAUUGGGAAGGACUUAUAAAUUUUGAAUCACAACGUGAUGAAACUGACCAAUCAACAAUAACCUCGACAACAAUUGGAAAUAAUAGUUUAAUUAGUUUAGUCACUGGUAGUUUCACAGAUGAUGAUACGUUACGUUCACUUCGAAAUGCUUUGACUAGUGUAGCAACAAUAGCUGUUGGAGCUGUCGGCCUAGUCGCUGCUUAUCGUUUUUUCAGUAGACGUUUAUAAGUGAUAUGAAGAAGAAGAAAAAGAUAAUUAUGAUGAUGAUGACGUCAGCAACAGCAUUAAUCAUGGGUUAGUAAUUAUCAACAGUUAUUCAUCAUUAUUUAAUUCUCCAUGUUUGCAUUCAUUACCUACCUAUUACACUUCAGAAUUACAUAUGAACAUAGUGUACACUAGUUAUAUCUGCUUACAUCUUCAUUCCGGUGACAUUUUUAUGUAUUCAUACUUGCAUAUUUUCUCUUAUACAUACAAAAAGAAACUAUUCAGUUGAAUUUUUCUUUCCAUAUAAAGAAAAGAAUCUUCAGUUUGUUCUUCUCCCACCUUCAAUACAUCUUUCAUGUAUUCAACUAUCGUCAAUAUAAAAUUGUCGGGUAAAUAAAAUUAUGGUGUAUAUGUAUCAGUUUAUUACUAUUAUUAUUAUUACAUAAAAUUAAUAUCUAUGCGUAUGAUGUUUAAAUUAUAAUCUAUGCUGACCAUUCAUGAGAGAGAGAGAAACUCAAGGGUUAACUGUAUGUAAAAACACUUAUGCGCUUAUUGUGUACAUUUCUAUUGGUAAAUAUUUGGUCAUUGGUCUGAUUAUUAAGAAUAAACAGAUUCUAUCAAUCAAUCGAUAAGUUGUGAUCACCCAAACUGAGUAAUGUAUAUCAUCAUAGUGACUUGUAAUUCAUAUUGAAUGUUUACAGAAAGAAGCGAUUGUUUCAUGAUUUAUGAUAACUCUUAUAACUAAUCACUUGGACACUCAACUUCUUGAUUUUCAGUAAUCGUUAAUUCGUGAAUUUUUAAUAAUAAAAAAAAACAGAAAGGAAAUACAGUAUGAGCUUUACUUCUGCGUUUGUUACAUGUAUAAAUAAUCAAGAGUAUUUAUAGUGUAUCUCAAUGUUUCUGGGAAACAUUGUAAAAUGGCGAUUAUCGAUUGAUUGGAGAAGUCUCUUGAAAGCUGCUCAAGACAACUGAUUAAUCAAAGUAUUUUCAACAUGUUUCCGGCUUUUGAAUACUUUUUUGAUAAAUUAUCAAGGGCUUUCAAUAUUUAAAAACAGUCGACUUUCAACUAUGAUGUUUGGAUUUCGUACCUUUCUUUGUCUAGUUCCAUUUCAUCAUUUAAGUACUGUCAAUAAGUGUUGCUUAUAAGUGAACACAUAAAUCUCUAUUCAAGUUUACUUACAAAGAAAAACAUUACUAUAUACAACUAUUUUUCUUCUAUGAAGAAGCUCCAAUUUCAUCACAACUCUUUGUACCAUGUUUUAUCGUUUCUAUCAGCAAAAAAAAGAAAUCAAAUCUAUGUAGAAGGAACUUUUGCCAUUGUAAAACUCACAUUUACAUAGUAUGAUCAUGUAAAUCUAUGAAAAAUACUAUUUUAUCGCUAAGAUGUUAGUGUUAUACGGACAUGAGCAGUCGUGUUACAAACAUUUUUUUAAUAAAUUGAAACCUUGGUUCACGCUACCGUUUGAGAAUUAUCAUUCAACUGAUAUAGUUUUCUUAGAUAAUAUUCUACUCAGUCACUACACGAGUUUCGAUAAAUGAAGAAAGAAAACGAAUAUCAAUGUAUAGUAAUUAUCAUCAUGAUUAAAUCUUGCUUGUUAUAAGACUAAAUUCAGUCAGUCAAGUGGUUGAUAAAAUGUUAUAAUCUCCUGGCACUAAGAUAUUUUUUGACCGUAGUUCUCGUAUCCCCCCCCAUCCAAUUCAUUAUUCACAAAAAAAAUUGAACUUCAGAAAAAAAUAUGUUCAUGUCCAUAAAUUACAGUGUAGUCUUCAGUGAAAAGCUUAAAAUGAGAAAAUAAUUUAUCAUUCAAUUGGAACCAAUUAAAACCGAUGAAUUAAUGACUGACUACUUCUGUGAUGUGGUAAUCUACUUUGAGCCAUAUAUUAAUUUACAAUUUCUAAUGACUGUAGAUUAUGAUAUGGUCUGGUUUUAUGCAUUCAUCAACUAGAUAAAGUAGUCUAUGCCACCAUAGAAGUAAAGUACUCAGCAAACUUAUUCUCACUAGUCAAUAUCUUUAAUAAAUACUAAAAAUCGUUACACUUUACAUCAGUUAGCAUAACAGCAAAGAUGAUGAAUCCUACUGAGUUUAACCCUUGACUAGUGGAGCUAAUUUUUGUCUGGUGUGAAGCAGUUACCCACCGAAGACAAAGGAAAAUGGUAGUUCGGUUUUGUGAACUGGUUGAAUUUACACAUUAACAUCAAUGGACGCCAGCUCAUUGACCUAGAGGUUAGGUGUUCGCGCGCGAGACUCAAUGUGCUGAGUACGGGGUCGCGCACUGCUGAGGAGUCCCAUCCUAAAACGAAACGGCCGUCCAAUGUUUUCAGGUUUUCAAAGGUGGUAUAGCUUAGAUUGAUUCAAGAUCUCAAUCAAAAACAGUCUCCACAACCUCGUACUGAAAAAUAAAACUUCAGAGUAAUAUUGAAAGUGUUGGAUGUGUCUAUUGUUUGAAAUGUAUCGAUGAUGUUGUCCUGACGAACAAUAAAAGCUCAAAGAUCAUGACACUUUCAACAUCCUCAGUUGCAAAUAUUCUAUAAACAUUUAGAAAUACAAGUAGAAUGAAUAACGAGACUGUUCUGUUAAUCAUAGGUAUUAUUAUAGUCUCUUAUAGACGUCGACAUGAUUCGAUCUAAUAGUUAAUGAAACAGUAACUGACAGAUUAUUAUUAUCAUUAUUAUUAUUCAAUACCAUCAUAAUGUUUAUCAAUUUAACAUCAAGUUCUUUGUAUAUAUGUCUAUUUACUUCCUCUUCCUUUAGUGACGUUCAACAAUGACAAUUAU